AUAAGAACCACGAGUGAAAGCUCCGCUGGCCGGACGUCUGCAGUAAUACAGUGAACAUGAGCGGUGUCUUCGUGAAGAACAUGUCCUUCAAGGUGGGGCAGACCUUGACAAUCACAGGGGUCGCUAAGCCAGAUGCCACAAAUUUUGCUGUCAACGUUGGACAUGGCGAGGACAAUGUUGUCCUGCACUUGAAUCCACGUUUUGAUGCUCAUGGGGACCAGCGUACCGUAGUCUGCAACUCCUAUCAGGGGGGUAACUGGUGUGAGGAACUCAGAGAGGGUAAUUUCCCCUUCCAGCAGGGGGAGGAGUUCAAGAUUAUGGUUACAUUUACCAGCCAGGAAUUUCAAGUGACUCUGCCAGAUGGCUUCGUGAUCCAGUUCCCGAACCGCUCAGGCGAUGAGAAGUUCCAGUACAUGAAUUUUGACGGAGAAAUGAGGGUCCACAGCAUUGAAAUCAAGUAGACCAGCCGUGGUGAAUCUGGACAGUCCCUGUUUAGGCUCUCCAAAAACACCUAACUGUUGUGACGUCUGUCCUGUUGACGCCAGACCGCUUGCCAGCCCUUAACUAACGUUAUUGCUUUGUAUGACUUAUAUGCUUCUCGGCAACACACACUUCAUGUUACAGUCUGUUCAGGACGAGUUCAGCAUUAGAAACAGUAUUAACGGCCACUGAAGGUAGGCGCUGAACCAGGCUGGCCCACAGAAGUAAGGUUCAUAAGACCCAUUAGAAGACUGUCCAUUUGGUUUGGGAUGAAUGUGGCCGAGGGCACGAGGAAUCUCUUUGGCUCUCUCAGAGUGGUAGACUUUAGUGCAGGAUGUUGUGUCUUGGUGCUCCUGAACCUGUGGCAACCAUUCCAGACUUGUUCCUUGAUCAUUUAAUAAAAG